AUGAAGUUCAACAUCGAGGACCUCGAGGUCCUCUUCCCCUACCCGAGAAUAUAUCCUGAGCAGUAUGCCUACAUGUGCGAUCUCAAAAGCGGCAACUGUGUUCUUGAAAUGCCCUCGGGCACUGGGAAAACCAUCUCUCUCCUGUCCCUCCUUAUUGCCUACCAGCAACACUAUCCAUCGCAGCGCAAAAUCAUAUACUGCUCUCGAACUACGUCAGAGAUCGAGAAAGCCUUGGCAGAGCUGAAAGCCUUAAUGAAAUACCGCGCAGAGCAGCGGGGCCAAAACCUCGACCUCCUGGAGCCACACAAUCUGAUUCCAAAUGGCGUGUGGACCCUCGAUGCUCUACUCGCGUACGGCGAGGAGCACAAACAGUGCCCGUACUUCACUUCGAGGCGCAUGAUGCAAUACUGCAACGUUAUUAUCUAUUCUUACCACUAUCUUCUGGAUCCAAAGAUCGCCGAGCGUGUAUCUAGGGAGCUCUCGAAGGACUGCAUCGUUGUCUUCGACGAGGCGCACAACAUCGAUAAUGUUUGCAUCGAGUCUCUCAGCACAGACAUCACCGAAGACUCUCUCAGGAAAGCCACCAGAGGAGCCCACAACCUGGAGCGCCGGGUGGCUGAACUGAAGGAUACAGACCAGGAGAAGCUCCGAAAUGAGUACGAAAAGCUGGUCGAAGGCUUACGUGGCGCGGAGGAGUCCCGUAGAGAGGAUGCUUUCAUGGCCAACCCGGCAUUGCCGGACGAUCUUUUGCAGGAAGCUGUACCAGGAAAUAUCCGAAGAGCAGAACAUUUCGUUGCAUUUCUGAAGCGAUUUAUCGAAUACCUCAAGACGCGGAUGAAAGUCCGGCAAGUCAUUUCAGAGACCCCACCCUCAUUCCUGGCCCAUCUCAAGGAACACACCUUCAUUGAAAAGAAACCGCUCCGGUUUUGCGCCGAAAGACUGUCAUCGCUCGUACGGACACUGGAACUUACAAAUAUCGAGGAUUACCAACCCCUGCAAGAAGUAGCCAUCUUUGCAACCCUCGUAGCAACAUACGAAAGGGGCUUUCUUCUCAUCCUUGAGCCGUUCGAGUCUGACACAGCGGAAAUACCGAACCCGGUUCUACAUUUCAUUUGCUUGGAUGCCGCAAUCGCCAUAAAGCCUGUAUUUGACAGGUUUCGGUCUGUCAUCAUAACUUCCGGCACAAUGUCCCCGCUCGAAAUGUAUCCGCGGAUGCUCAAUUUUUCUACUGUUGUGCAGGAAUCAUACAGCUUCCAAGUCCGGAAUGAACCAGGUGUUGUGCGCAACUACGGCACGCUUCUCACAGAGUUCGCCAAAAUAACCCCGGACGGGAUGGUGGUUUUCUUCCCCUCCUAUCUGUAUAUGGAGUCCAUCAUCAGCAUGUGGCAGGGUAUGGGAAUUCUGGACGAAAUCUGGAAGUACAAACUCAUCUUAGUAGAAACACCCGAUGCUCAGGAAACCUCUCUGGCAUUAGAGACAUACCGCACAGCCUGCUGCAAUGGUCGAGGCGCUGUGCUGCUUUGUGUCGCGCGAGGAAAGGUUUCUGAAGGUAUUGACUUUGACCACCAAUAUGGGAGAGCCGUUCUCUGUAUUGGUGUUCCUUUCCAGUACACGGAGUCACGCAUCCUUAAAGCGCGCCUCGAGUUUUUGCGCGAGACUUAUCGCAUUCGAGAGAACGACUUCUUGUCAUUUGACGCGAUGCGGCAUGCUGCGCAGUGCCUUGGUCGUGUCCUCCGAGGCAAAGAUGAUUACGGGAUCAUGGUGCUUGCUGACCGCAGGUUUCAGAAAAAGAGGGCUCAGCUGCCCAAGUGGAUCAACCAAGGGCUCCUCGAGGCAGAUGUGAACUUGAGUACAGACAUGGCGGUGAGCAAUGCCCGGAGGUUCCUUAAAGGCAUGGCGCAGCCGUUCAGUGCCAAGGACCAAGAAGGGAUAAGUGCAUGGACAUACGACGAUCUGAUGAAGCACAAAGAAGCCAUGGAGAUGGAGAAGAUACGAGAGUUGGAAGCCCAGGCGAACGCCCCUCCGAAGCUGCCAACGGUGUUGGAUGAUGAAUACGGAAUAGACGAUGGCCUGGAUGAUGACCUGAUGGAGAUUGACGGCUUUUAA